AUGACUUUACAUAACCUCUCCAACGUUCCAACAGCUCACGAAAGAGACGAAUUACAUUUUGACAAUGCCUUCCCCGCUGAUGAUGGUGGAAAUGCAGCCGCAAGCCAUUCCUACGAAGGCCAUGAUACUGCUGCACGUUCAAGAGGAAAUGGAAGUGCAAAUGGGACGGCUCGACGAAAUGUCCUCAACGAAGCAGCAACUCUCAUAAAUGCUGGGGGCUUGGGGCACGCGCAGGCCUCAAACCAUUCUACAGCUACAGAUCCAGGUCCAGGUCCUCCAACCUCAGAAGAGAUCUCCUCCGCCCUCAGAGCCUACGAACGAGCCUUCCUACCCAACCAACCCAAAUCCCUCUCGGGAAUCUCACUGCGCGCUUUCCUCCUGGGUCUCGUCCUCUCGCUCUCCUCAACUCUAUCCGUAUACCUCGCCUACAAUGGCCAUACUGUCUGGAGAGCGCCCUUUUUCAUAGCUUCACUAUGCGUCUUCCACUUCCUGGAAUUCUACACCACAGCCCUAACCAACACCGCUUCCGCAAGAGUCUCUUCGUUCCUCCUCUCUAGCAAUGGCUCCGCCUACACAAUCGCCCACACUGCCGCCUUUGUUGAAUGCAUCCUCAUACACUUAUUCUGGCCCUUUAGCUUCCUGCCUUCCUCUCUGCACACCAUGAUCCUCACUUCCGGCAUCCUGCUUAUCAUUCUCGGCCAAACGAUCCGCGCCAUAGCUAUGAUUCAAGCCGGACGUAAUUUCUCGCAUCUAGUAGCGCAUACGAAACGGUCAGAACAUCAAUUAGUCACGAGUGGGCUUUAUAGUGUGUUGAGACAUCCCAGCUAUUUUGGGUAUUUCUGGUGGGCGAUUGGCACGCAAUUGGCCUGUGGAAAUGCAGUUUGCCUUGUUGGGUAUGCGGGGGUGCUCUGGUUGUUUUUUGCAAGGAGGAUUGUGGGGGAGGAAGAGCUGUUGAUUAAGUUUUUUGGACAGGAGUAUGUGGGAUUUAGAGAGAGGACUUGGGUUGGGAUUCCGGGGAUCAAGUGA